GACUGCUAAAUUGUGGAUUUAAGACUUUUCUUCAAAAGAAUUAGCUCAUACUGUGAGGUAGGUGGACUGAAACAUAAUUUAUAAAUUUAAUAAUAAAAAACUAUCAGCAGUUCUGGCUGUUUUGACUUCCACCCUGAACAUUACCUUUAGUACAUUAAAGCUAUGGAGCGUCUGAAGUUAGUCUUGCAGUACUUUCAGUCCAACUCGGAGUCCAUCUCCAACGGGAUCUGCAUCAUCCUCGCCUUGGUCAGCGUCAAGCUUUACACCAGUUUUGACUUUAACUGCCCGUGCCUUCCUCAGUAUAACAAACUGUAUUCUCUUGGAGUGAUGAUUGUCCCGCCCAUCAUACUUUUCUUCUUGGGGGUCCUGGUCAACCGACACACAGGCGUCAUGAUGGAUGAGUGGUUGAGACCCACCGGGAACAGAUCCAAAAAUCCUGCCGUAGUAAAGUACCUAUUCUCAGCUAUGGUCCAGAGGGCCCUACUGGCACCGAUGGUGUGGAUCCUGGUCACUUUGCUGGAUGGAAAGAUCUUCAUCUGUGCCUUCAGUGUUAGUGUAGACCCUGCCAUUUUCUCAGGUCUACCCAAUAACACAGGGCUGGAUGUGAUCAAAAUCAUGGCCAAAGUACCCUGCAAGGAGGAUGUUAUCUUCAGGAACAGCUCAUUCCGCAAAGCAGUCUCUCGUUACGUUCGCUGUUAUUCACAAGCAGUUGGCUGGUCCAUCCUCCUCUUCCUGAUUGUACUGGGAGCACUGGGACGCCUCAUUAAACCCUGUUUCGAUGAUCAUGCCACCUCCCUGCAGACGCGCUACUGGAGCAACUACCUCGACGUGGAGCAGAAGCUCUUUGAUGAAACCUGUGUCCUGCAUGCUCGCGACUUCGCACGGAAAUGUGUGGUGCAGUUUUUUGAGGACAUAAGGGAGGACGCUGUACUCCGUCUUCCACUCCCACACUAUAAUGCGAACUUUCGAGAGGAGUGGGAGGAUGAAGAGGAGGAGAGACUACAUGGGGUAUCAAAGCAGGAGCAAGUGGACCAGCUGCUUAACAAGUGGUACUACAGUAAACCUGAACUGGACGUCACCAGGAUAGCCCACAGACCCAGGAUGUGUGUAACCUGGGAGGACCGUGAAGGGAAAACUUUAUACUCUGAUGUCUAGGACACACUCAAUGCUAUAGAGCUGCAGCAUCAAUCAAGUCAGAGGGUCAGUUCACAAACAUUAAGCUAGAGCAAAAUGUUAGA